AUGGAAAACAAAAAUCCAUAUUAUUUAAUCGCUAAAGGACUUGAAUAUUUUAAAGUAAGAAAUGAUCAUGAGGAAGAACGUAAGGGCCUUGAUAAUAAGGAUAGAGUCCAUUGCCAAAACGAAUGUGACUUAAAAGAAAUGGCUUUAUUAAGACCCAAUCAUCCAUCUCAUUUUAAUAAAUUACUUGGAUCCUUAUAUGCCAUUUGGCCAGACUUCAUUCAAACAAUGACCAUAAACGCUGAUCGAACUUUCGAUGUUACAUUUAAAGAUCAAACAAAAGCAAAGAUCAGGUUCCAUCCUGUUGCUAAUCGGACAACAUUAAACGAAAUUGUUAUGGCUUUGGAUAAACUUGAUCUUACGAUCACAGAGGAGUUACUGGUGUAUGAAAAUAACCAAAAUUAUAUACCAGAUGUAUCCAAUACAAAGUUUGUACUAUAUAUUAUCAAUUUUG